AUGGUUUUGCUUACUAAAAAUUGUCAAUGCUUUUUAUUCUUUUUAAUUAGGAUUGUUCAUUUGAUCCUAGCAGAUCCUUGGGGUUUUGUCGAGGAUCCUUUAAAAGUUAAAGAUCAGUCGAAUGUAGGUGCAGCUCAAGCAUGGAUAUUUUCGACUUUCCGUCAAAUAUUCCGUCCCUUUAAUCCUUUAUCCUUUCUUCGUGCUGCCGGGCCUUUCGGGCCUAGCCUUAUCCACUAUUUCCGUCAGGAUCUAAGAGGGUUUUUCGAUCAAAGACCCAUUCGCGUGGAAGAGAUGACAGAAAUACCUCGAGCAGAACAACUUGAAUCGACCCAGAAUUUUUCUUACGAUAAUCACAUUCAGUCAACUAAUGGUGAGGAUGAUGUUUUCAAGCCUCCAUCACCGAUCCACAGAACGAUGAAGACUGGGGAAACCGUCUAUGACAAAUCAAAUUCCAAUACAAUGGAUUCUAUUGAUUUAAACGAUUUGGAUGGGUCUGUAGCUUUGGAUUACGUCUAUCAUAUUAACUGUCAGCAUCCAAGCUGGACUAAACUGUUCACCAUCUGAUUACUGUUAUUUCGCAUAAAUAAGUUCGUGUUAUUCAGGAGUAGAAAGAAAAGUAAAUUGUCUAAGGGAUUGUAACUAUUUUUAACUUUUGUGAGGCUUUUUCAGAGGCUUUUCCUAAAUGUUUAAUUAUGUCAGGAUCAGUGGUCGUAUAUAGACAAUAAAAACCAACUUAUCCCGUCAAAUGAGAGUGAUUUCCCCCCUAUUUUCGUGUUAAAGUAACUAGAGGUUCUUUAUUUAAUUAGAUUUUUGGUUUAUUUAGCAAGAGUAAUUAAUUUUGUAACUGUUGUAUUGUAGGCUUUCGCACAUUUUUGUGGUGAAUAGUUUCUUCGACUUAUGACGGCUGAUUCUCUUAGUCAUAUAUAUAUAUAUAUAUAUAUUGAGUAUCUGCACGUUGGUAUUCUCUUCUCGAAUCAAUUUGCUGUCCGCAAAUGUCUUGACUCUGUAUACGCAUAAGUCUUCCAGUGCAUGUGAGCAAUACGCUCUUAAAAGUGAUGCACAUCAUUCUAGUUGGAUGAAUGAAAAUCUAUAUCUUGUUUGUUUUAGAGGUGAUUAUCAGUGAAUAGAAGGGUGGAAAUUCUUAUCCAAACGAUAUCGUUCCGUGAUUAGGCAUAUGAUGAAUAUGUAGGAAGUCACGAGUCGUGACCCUAUUUUCUAUAAAUGAACAACUAUUAAGAGUUUAGGAUGUAAUCGAGCGAAUUUUAAAACUUUUGAUACACUAACCACCAGUUACAUCAAGGAAUGAAAAUAGGCACCAUGUUAUAGCAUGAAAGUAAUUAUUGUGAAAUGUGAUCUAGCUGUAAGCUAUCGUUAUUUUAACUAACAUCUGAGCAAUGACAUUUGAAUUUCGCCUGUAGAUGUAUGCUAACUAUAUAAACAGUUCACUGUAUGUAGCGAAAUUUUAUGAUCCUGUUUUGUUGAUUUUAUAAGUAGCUUAGCAUACUGUCUUCAUGGUCAAUGUUUAGAUGAAGAUCCAUAUGCUGUUACCACAAACACUGAUUCUGCUUUUCAUUCGUUCUUGUUAUAAGUAACCUUUUAGUUAUAAUUUUUAUGUAUAAUUAUCAGUAAAUUGACUAUUUAUUAUUUCUGCAAAAACACUUGCAUAACAUUGCUUUCUGGAUUUUCCAUUCGAUUUAUUGUCUUUCGAUAUUACUACGAUCACAUUGUGCUCUAUGAAUUAUUGUUAUCUGUGUGGGAAAAGUCUUUAAAAUUGUCAGUGAUUCAACUUUUAAUUACCAAACUGCAUAACUUAGAAAACCUCGUAUAACAGUAUAUGAUCAUUUAUAAACUCAACAUAACUUCUGUUUUUCAUAAAACCUUUCUUUAUAAUUCUUUGAAUUCUAGCGCUAUAUGGAAUUAAUUUUCAUUUGUCAAAGGAUAAACCAUAAUAGCAUAUCAAAAUGUUUGACAUCAAAAUUCAUUGAUUUAUACAACCUAGUUUAUAAUUUAACAUAACGUUAAUUUUUCAGUUGCUCAAUUUUUUUCAAAACAAGCGAUACCACUGUACUCCAUAAAUCUCAUAGUAACCAUCUGUAUAUAUAUAUAUAAUCUUGGUACAGUUUUUGACAUGAAAUUAAGUUUAUCACAUCACAUGUUGUGUCACGUUUAAAUAGAAACAAAAAAAGUCACAUAUUACAACGGAAUGUUAUUAGGCACAAAUAGAACAACUUAACUAUGAUACCCGGCGUGAUUAUUAUCAAAACAUUUGCGGAUUGUUUGCAAGUCACAUUUAAAAAGUCUGACCCAGUAUACCUUCUGUCAAGUAAACGCUUUUAAAUUAGCCAUUUAAAAAGAAUUACUGGCAACAUACCAGGAUUUACUACUUCUGCAUUGAAAAAUCUCACUGAAAGCAGUUUUUAUUCUAGAUUUGUGUAUACAUAUAGUGGUAAUCGCUCAUGCUAAAUUUUAAAUCGUUUAAAUGCCUCAUGCUAAUCAACCGUAUAAGAAUUUAUUAAGCUUUGUUUAUUACGCUGUUCAUAGACCAUGAAAUACUUGCGACAAUAAAGUAUCAAGAAAUUCGUUGCAAAAAACGAAAUCACAAUGUCGUAAAUGUACGAAUCAGGAACUUAAGAACGCACAAUUCAUGUACGAUUACAGUCAAGAUGUGAAUAUCAUGUUGUUUUACAAAAAUAUGAAACACUGCUACUGAUGAUGUUACUAAUUUUUCUUACUCUGGCAUUCUUACUACUAAUCUUAUCUCACUAUGCCUGUGCGAUGUGACAAUUGGAUGCCAUUCACAUAUAUUAACCCUGUUUGAGCAUGAGCUGUCAAUCAGGACUCUCCAUCCAAC